AAGGCGGGACUUCUGUUCGUCCUGACGAGCGGCGGGCUGGUGUGGUACUUUGAGCACGAGAAGGAGCGGAUGCACCGCAAGCGCGUGGCCGAGGCAACCAAGGGUGUCGGGCGCCCGAAGGUGGGCGGUGAUUUUGACCUCGUCGACCAGGAUGGGAAGCCGUUCUCGAGCGCGGAUAUGCUGGGACGGUACUCCCUGGUCUACUUUGGCUUCACGCACUGUCCCGACAUCUGCCCGGAAGAGCUCGACAAGAUGGCGCGCAUGUUCGACCUGGUCGAGGCCGAGGUGCCCGGCGGCCUGAAGCCCGUCUUCAUCACGUGCGACCCGGCGCGCGACGACCCCAAGGUGCUCAAGUCGUACCUGGCCGAGUUCCACCCGAGCUUCGUCGGCCUGACGGGCACCUACGACGAGAUCAAGGCCGUGUGCAAGGCGUACCGCGUCUACUUUAGCACGCCCAAGAACGUCAAGCCCGGCCAGGACUACCUUGUCGACCACAGCAUCUACUUCUACCUGAUGGACCCCCAGGGCGAUUUUGUGGAGGCCCUCGGCCGUCAGCACAGCCCCGAGGCCGCAGCCAAGGUUAUCCUUGAUCACAUGAAGGACUGGAAGGGGACU